AGCAAUCGCGCUGCUUCUCUCUCCAUCGCAAGGCUGGACUUCGGCUAACAUCGUUUUUCCCCCAGGUCCGAAAUGCCGCACCCGCCCUGAACGGCGCUGCCAUGCAGACCCGCGCCUACGCUGCCGACGCCAAGGCCUCGCCGACUGAGGUUUCUUCCAUUCUCGAGCAGAGGAUCCGUGGUGUUCAGGAGGAGUCUGGUCUUGCCGAGACCGGCCGUGUCCUGUCUGUCGGUGAUGGUAUUGCCCGUGUGCACGGUAUGGCCAACGUCCAGGCCGAGGAGCUUGUCGAGUUCGCCUCCGGCGUCAAGGGCAUGUGCAUGAACCUCGAGGCCGGCCAGGUCGGUGUCGUCCUGUUCGGUUCUGACCGUCUCGUCCGCGAGGGUGAGACCGUCAAGCGUACCGGUGAAAUUGUCGAUGUUCCUGUCGGCCCCGAGAUGCUUGGCCGCGUUGUCGAUGCUCUGGGUAACCCCAUUGACGGCAAGGGCCCCAUCAAGACCACCGAGAAGCGCCGUUCGCAGCUCAAGGCUCCCGGUAUCCUGCCUCGCCAGUCCGUCAACCAGCCCGUGCAGACUGGUCUCAAGUCUGUCGACGCCAUGGUGCCCAUUGGCCGUGGUCAGCGUGAGCUGAUCAUUGGUGACCGUCAGACUGGUAAGACUGCCGUCGCUCUCGACGCCAUGCUCAACCAGAAGCGUUGGAACGACACCAACGACGAGACCAAGAAGCUGUACUGCGUCUACGUUGCCGUUGGCCAGAAGCGUUCCACCGUCGCCCAGCUCGUCAAGACUCUUGAGGAGAACGAUGCGAUGAAGUACUCCAUCAUCGUCGCCGCUACUGCCUCCGAGGCCGCCCCUCUCCAGUACCUCGCCCCCUUCACCGGUGCUUCAAUUGGUGAAUGGUUCCGCGACAACGGAAAGCACUCCCUGGUCAUCUACGAUGAUCUUUCCAAGCAGGCGGUUGCAUACCGUCAAAUGUCGCUGCUCCUCCGCCGCCCCCCCGGUCGUGAGGCCUACCCUGGAGACGUUUUCUACCUCCACUCUCGUCUCCUGGAGCGUGCAGCCAAGAUGAACAAGACCCACGGCGGUGGUUCCAUGACUGCCCUGCCCAUCAUUGAGACCCAGGGUGGUGAUGUGUCUGCCUACAUUCCCACCAACGUUAUUUCCAUCACCGACGGCCAGAUCUUCUUGGAGGCUGAGCUCUUCUACAAGGGUAUCCGCCCCGCCAUCAACGUCGGUCUCUCUGUGUCGCGUGUCGGCUCUGCCGCUCAGCUCAAGGCCAUGAAGCAGGUUGCUGGUUCGCUCAAGCUCUUCUUGGCUCAGUACCGUGAGGUCGCUGCCUUCGCCCAGUUCGGUUCCGAUCUGGAUGCCUCGACCAAGCAGACCCUCAACCGUGGUGAGCGUCUGACUGAGCUCCUCAAGCAGAAGCAGUACUCCCCCAUGGCUGUCAACGAGAUGGUUCCCCUCAUCUACGCUGGUGUCAACGGUCACCUCGACACCGUCCCUGUCAACAAGAUCCUCCAGUGGGAGUCUGACUUCAUUGCCCACCUCAAGACCAACGAGUCUGAGCUCCUCUCCACCAUCGACAAGGAGGGUGCCCUCAGCAAGGACCUCGAGGCUAAGCUCAAGGACACCGUCGUUUCGUUCACCAAGAGCUUCCUCGGUUAAGCGCUAUACGACGAGUGGGCAUGGGCUCGUGCAGGUGAAUAGAUGCUGUGGUGGGGGCUACUGAGAAAGAGAAGCUGGAAAGCUGGUGGCUAUACCAAUAACUGUUGUGUCGUUUUAGUUCCUCUA